CUCCUAUCUGCUCCCCCCUUAUCCUUUCAUCUCCUCUAAUCUUCUUAAACCCUCUCCUUGGUCUCUGUCUCCUUACGAAUUCUUCAACACCACCAAAAAAUGUCUACUGUAAUGAAACCCGUGUCCCUGGCUGACUCAUCUUGCCACGUUUCUUUGCCUUCACUCUUCACCACUCCUUCCAAAGUUCCAUCUCUUCUUUCACUUCCUUCAAAACCCAUCAAGCUUAUCCUCUCAUCUUCCACUUACCCAACCUUUUCGUCCCUCAAAACCAAAAACCAUUUCCCUUCUCUAGUUGCCUUUGUGGCCCAGACUUCAGAUUGGGCUCAACAAGAGGAAGAAAACGACACCACCAUCACCAUCGAUGAAAAAGACGAGCAGCAAGGAACUGAUAGUGAAGGAGGAGAAUCAUCAUGGGAAAAUGAAGAAAGUGAUGGCGCCGAAGCAAGCUUGUCGGAUUGGGAACCUGAAGGUGAUGUCGAAGUUUUCGAGGGAGAGGUUGCUGGUGGUUCAGAAGAAAAUGAUUCUGAACCUAAUGAGGAAGCUAAAUUGUUUGUUGGGAAUCUUCCUUAUGAUGUUGAUAGCCAAAGCUUGGCUAUGCUUUUUGAGAAAGCUGGAACCGUGGAAAUUGCUGAGGUUAUUUACAAUAGGGAUACCGAGCAAAGUCGUGGCUUUGGAUUUAUAACUAUGAGUUCCGUUGAGGAAGCUGAGAAGGCUGCUGAAACAUUCAAUGGUUAUGAUCUCAAUGGAAGGCAAUUGACCGUAAAUAAGGCUUCUCCUAGAGGAUCGCGUAUUGAGCGACCCCCUCGUGUUUAUGAACAAGCUUUAAGAGUCUAUGUGGGUAACCUUCCAUGGGAUGUGGAUAAUGCUCGAUUGGAGCAAGUUUUCAGUGAAUACGGUAAAGUAGUGGAAGCUCGUGUGGUCUAUGACAGGGAGACAGGCCGGUCGCGUGGUUUCGGUUUUGUGACUAUGUCCUCGGAGACUGAAUUGAACGAUGCCAUUGCUGCUCUCGAUGGACAGAGCCUGGAUGGAAGAGCACUAAGAGUAAAUGUUGCAGAGCAAAGAGCUAGGCGAAGCUUUUAAGCUGAAAUGAUUUACAUUUAGAUUAAGAUUAUCUGACGCUGUUGGCCUUUUAAGUUCUGUUUUUAAUUCUUUUUUUUUUCUUUUUUUUCCCUUAAUUUUGUUCUGUGAAUUUUGGCAUGGAAUAUUUUAUCCUGAGAAUUAUGAAGCCAGUUGUUUCUAGGAA